GUACUGAUUAAGUUUGGCAUCAAGAUCAUGUACAAUAAACAACAUAACCCAAAAGAAAACAAAAAGAGUUCAACUUUUGUGCACUGACUUUAGGUGUAUGAUUUUUUCUUAUAUUAUUAGGUCUAACGUUACGUAUAACACUAUAGUUAAAAUAUAUUGAUUUUUUUUAACUUAAUUCCAAAGAAAAGUCUAGUAACUAAGAUUAUCUUAUAAUUUUGUCUUUAUAUUUCUUUCCAACUAGGUAUAAAGCUACCUAGUUUGAGCUGUGAUUUUCAAUAAAAUUGGAGUCAUAUGUCUGUCUGUUUCUUUCUAUCACAUGAAACUAUAGAAUAUACGAAGUCCUUAAUCUUUCUCAGGAUUAAAUUCUCUUUCAAAAAUUUAUGUUUAUUUAUCACAUUCUUAUUUCCAAGUAGAUAACAUCACAGAGCAAGAUUCAAGUGAAGAUUCAUAUAGUCGACCUCAACUUGGUUGAUAUUGAUCAAUGAAAUACGUGGAUACGAAUAUGAGUGAGGUUGGUUCAGAAAGAUCAAAUCCAUGGAACAAUAUUCACACAAGUUCAGAACCUAGUCCUUCCCAAACACAAGUAAACAGAGAAGGACAAUGGAAGAAUUUCGGGACAUCAAUGGAUGCUAUUUCUUUUGGCUUUGUUGCUACAGCUAUACUCAUAUCCAUGUUUCUCAUCAUGGCCAUAUUUGAACAUCUAUUCAAACCUAGCCCUCCUUUCUCUUCGCCUCUAGGUAGUAGACACAGUUCCUUGGAGUUGGGGCCUAUUCAGAAACGUGCAAGUUCAGAAACAGUACCAACGCGAUAUUCAUCGGAUUAUACAGUUAUGAUGCCAGGACAACAGUAUCCUACCUUCAUUGCUAAGCCAACUCCAUUGGCUUGUCCAAGGGAAGGGGUUUAUUGGCCUUCCCAUGAACAUAGUUUUCCCUUCUCUUAAUGAUUCUACAAGACUAAUUAUUGUAUUAUCAUAUUUAUGAAUCCUAAUGUGACCAUAAAAAAAGUUCAACAAUUGCAGAAUCUAGCACUCUCUUACCAUAUGCUCAGACCUGUAAAAUUAGCUGUCGGGCGAAAACUGAAGUUUGGAACAUUGGGAAGAAGGGACAUUCAUUGUUUUUGUGUGACAUAUUUGGUUUUUUUGCUUUGUAUAUUGACUGAGUUCCCCUCUUUCUGUAUUGUCUUUUCCAAUAUGUGAGAUGUGGGGAUGAUCUGGGAAGUUCAGUAGGUUGAGUUUUUAGUUUGUUGCUUUGAGGUAAGCUUAUUUUACCAUGUAUUGUCUUUUGACUAUUGAGCUUAUGCACUUCUUUCUAUUUCCAGCAGUUUUGUGUCACUUGAUGCUAAUUCUAGGAAACAUGGCUAAUGUUUUGUGCAUAAAUCUGAAAUCAAUCAAACAAUUGUGACUUCCCUAAUUGGUUAAACAUCAUAGUGAGCAUAGGAAAGAGGUUCAAAGAGAUUUUUUGGAGAAGUGAGAAUUAUAUUACAAUCAAUAUUGUCAUGAUUUACAUUUAAGCGCAAACAAAAUCAGAACAAA